AUAAAUGCAGUUGGUCCCGCUCUCUAACCUACUGCAACAAUGAACUCUGUUAAAUACCACUACCCCGUGAUCGGCCGCAAAGGCACUGGAGGCAUAUUUGAUCGCCUACCCAUCCAGACGCUGGAGAAAGACCAUCCCUACUGAUUCGCAUUGUUUCUUGCUUUCAAUGCGAUCCAGCAGCGGUCCGAUGCUCCCCACGUCGUCAAAGAGCCUGCAGCUACCUUCAUGGAAAUUGCAUCAAUUCACGGCAAGUCCUAUGUUGAAUGGGCUGGUGACCGCAACGAGGAUAUCUCAGCUGACUAUAGCUCCACUGACAAGAAAGAUACCAGCCCUGUUCCUUCCAGAUUCAGAGGUUAUUGUAACCAUGGCGCCGUUGUUUUUCCCCACCUGGCAUCGCUCAUAUGUUAUGCUUAUCGAGAGCAAUCGAUCGGAAACAUCGCUGAACAAUUGGCCCACGACAAUGAAGCGAUAACCCGGAUAAAAAUGGAGUAUGGAUCAAAGCUGCUAAAGAAUUGUGUUUUCCGUGUGUGGCAAAUCAUUCCUGACACUGAUACAGACACUACAUGCAGAUACUGGGACUGGGCCGGUAAGGAUGUACCAGAGAAUGGCCUUCCUCCUGUUUUGUACGAAGAAAAAGUCGAAAUCAUGGCUACUGGAGGUAAAGAACAAAUUGUCGAUAAUCCGCUCUCAUUUUCCUCGUGUGUUGGCGGAACCCCAGCCGACUUCAGCGACGAGAAGGAUGACCUGACAGGACAAGUAGCGUAUUUCUCCAAGUGGCGAAGGACAUACCGCUACGCUUAUAGUACCCCAGACCCUGAAGGCAGCCGCAUAUACUUGUUGCAAAAGAUGUUCAAAGCCUGAGCAAAAAAUCUGAGACUCAGAGUCGCUCAUCUCUUUACGUUCAACGAUGAUAGCGUACGUCUUACAAUAUUUAAGCAUGAGAUACCGCCGGCUCGGGCGCAAUUGUGUCCACCACGUCAUGCUGUGUCGCUGCACGUUGAUAGUUUGGUCUCCUUUGUCUUUCCUAUUUGCUCUUCCUUCAUUCACUACUAUGGCGACGUCCGCUUCAUUUCAU